AUGGACGAGACGAAAUUUGCACGCUGUGUCUUGGAGGCAUGCGAGCAUGCCAGAGUAGGUAAGACUGCGAGGGAGAAGCUUGCGAAGGACUUCCUGCUGCUGUUCUACGGGUUGAGAUCUGCCGUGCUGAUCGAUUAUCUUCCUCUCAAGUCUAUCCACGAGGUCACCGACUCGUGCCUUGAGAGAGUCAGGAAACUCCACGAAGACUUCUCUGAUGUCUUCAUCCUGCAUCUUUGCGAGGACAACUACUUCUUGAUCCAUGUCCAGAACUCUCUGUCGAGGCUUCAGAGCCACCUCGAGGACGGACUAGGGAGGCUCGUUCUCGUCAACUGCUCGAAGGGGCUUCAGACCCCCUACACUAUGGAGCCUAAGGAGAUGACUGAAGUUGUCCUGACCUUCACGCUACUGAUCGAGAAGCUGGAGGAGGAGGUCAGAGCAACGUCGCAGGCACAGAGAAAGAUCGAGAUGGAGGACGAAUCGUUUGCGCUGCUGCUGCCCACCAUAGCAGGAUGGAUCUUGGAGUACCCUGUGGUCUACUUCGUCGACGACAUCCUCUCGGGAAACUCUCUCGGGAUGGUGCCGCUGCACCUGUACAGGUUGGAAGUGAAGUCAGAGGAGGUUGCUGACAUCGGUUGGGCCCCCCACCAUGUCCUGAGCUUCAGCGUUCCCAAGGACCUGAGCCCGCGGCCGAUGGAGGAGCCGUUUCUCGCCGAGCACUUGCGGAUGCUGAGGGAGAGGAUGGAGGGGAGGAGGAGAAGACAGUUGCACUUUGAUUGUGCUGCCGAGGUUUCAAGCUAUAAUCUUGUCAAACUCAACGUCCACUACCCUACCCCCUCAUCCGGAAAUUUCGCAAAUGUACCCGUCCAUUUCUUUGAUUUUGAUGGGGUCAUGCAGUACAACCCUUGCAAGUUCUGCCAAAACGAACUAGGCUCACCUUUGCUUACUAUCAGGCACGGAAACCGGCAGGAACUAGCACGUGAAAGCAAUUCUCUCGAGAUUGUUGUACAGAUGUUGGUGCUGCAAUCCAUCAUCAUCGUUGAAACCAUCCAGCCAUCCAACCUCUCCGAGUUCGGGACCAUUUCCCAGGUCCCCCCUGUCCACUCGAUCUCCCACGAUCUCUCCCAAUCUCCCACGAUCUCCCACGAUCUCCUGCUCAGCACCGAGAGGCAGAUGACAAGCUUGUUGCUGCAGGAGAACUGCAAGCUCCCCUUCUGGCGGGGCAUAAUCUUUGCCGCCAUUCACCUUGGCCUCGCCUUCCUUGGCCUCUGCGGGUUCCUCCUGCAAAACUCCUUCCUCCUCACCAUCUUCUCCUCCUCCUCCCUCGUCGUCAUCGCGACCGCGGUCCCCGUCACUGUCCUCCCGUUCUUGACGAACUGCGGGGUGACGACGUUGAAGCGGGAGGACGUGAUCAACAUGUCUGUGCAAGCCGUUCUCCAGCUCCUCCUCGGCCUGCUCCCGAUCUCGCUGUCAGUGUGGAAGCUUCUCAGCCUGUUGACUACCUCGCGAGUCAGCGCGCGGAGAGAAGAACCUGCUGAGGAGGACGAUGAUCCUAGUCGACGCAAGUACUUGACGUUCGAGAAACCCGAGAGCUCUCCCCCCAAGACAUCUGCAACUUCCUACGAGCUCCAACUCUUUUCUCCACAAGAAGCUCCUCCACCGCCUCCUAUCGACAUGACCAAGUUGUACCUCAGCCUGGACGACAACCCUUCCUUCCUCGAUCCCAUCAAGCGCCAGAAAUUUCUUGAGAGCCUGAAGCUGGACAUCUCGUUCUGUCUCGGUAUUGACUCCUCCCUCCUCGUUAUGGGCGACAUUCUCAACGGCCCUGGGAACUUUGUUGAAGUCUGCAUCCACUCGUCCUCCUCCUCAUUCCCUGUCGUCUCCUCCAUGGACAAGGCCCGGCAGCUCCUCUCUCUGGCAACAGAGCCCAGCAGCAAUCUAAAGAAGACGUUUUCUGGUGAGACGAUUCUCGGGGCCCAAUGGAAGCUCCCUCGUGGACAGGCUAUCGGGGAGCCGCUAGCAAGGAGGAGCCAACUCUCCUUGCCGGGCGUCAAGUCGCUCACAUCUAGUCAGAGAUCUGCCACCUCCAUCAAGUCUCCUGGCACCCCUCGAGGAGGCUUCAACGUGGGCUCGGAGGUCUUGCCCGAUGGCAGGAUGUACACUGGUUCUCGUGUGCGGUACAACGGGGACCUGAUUGGUGUUGGAACUCUCACCCAACCAUCCGGAGAGAAGUACGAGGGAGAGUGGCUGCAGUACGAGCCUCACGGCCAUGGAGUUCUUACAACGUCCGACGGCAGAAGACAUGAGGGACAAUUUCAGCAUGGCAACAAGCACGGGUACGGUGUGGCCGAGGAAGGCGGCAUGCAGCUCAUCGGCAGCUGGACUCACGGGUCCAAGAGCGGCUGGUUUGCAGUAGCAGGAGCUGGAGGGCAGGCUAGUUUGCGGGAGUUCCGAGCCGACAGGUUCACUGGCAACCAGCUGGACGGGAACGACGAGGGCGUCCAGCACCUUCGUGUCAAGGCGCAGGCUGCAAUCGACAAGGCGCGGACGGUGGCGAACCUGGCAAGGACCAAGUACAGUCUUGACUCGUGGGCAUGCUAG